CAAUAUUUAUCUCUGUCUCUUUUGCACUAUUUGUCAAAUUGAAUAUUUAUUUACUUUAUUGAAAAUAAUAAAUAUUAACAGCUUAAGUUGAAAGAUUACAGCAACUACCAAUGUCCUCCUGCGGAAAAAAUGAAACCGAAAAACUUAAGGAAAACAUCAAGAAUCAGCUGGAUAGACUUGUAGAACAAUUGGCUGAUUUAGAGGCCUGCAAAGGUGACAUGGAUUUUGAGGACUAUAAUGAAACCAAAGCAGAAACAAUGGAUCAAUUAAAAGAACUAAACUUGAGUCUUGCUAAGUUAGUAAAAGGUGACAUCUCCCUGAUUACUUCUGUUGAUGCUACACAAAUGGCUACACAAGCAGCAAUAGCCAAAGCAUUUAAAACGCCAGAAGUAAUCCUACUUUUUGGGAAACGUGACUCAAAACAACUUAGGGAGAGGCUAAAAGAUAUUGACGAACAAGUUAAGCUCAACAAAUUAUCGGCUGAAACUAGGGAUAGACAAAAGGGAGAAAUUCUUUUAGCUUUAAGACAAUUAAAUGAACAACUCUCAAGAGACGAACUGCAGUUUCUAGAGAAAAGCCGUCAUGAGUUUGGUGAUUUUAAAAAUAUUGAGUUUCUGGAAAUUAAGGAUGAUAAUUAGGUGUUAACAGAUAAUUUUUUGAUAGAACUUUAAGACUGUCAAGCACAAAAAGCUUUGUUUAUUUUAUGUGUUAAUAUUUUACGUUAACAUUCCUUGUAGGAAGAUAAGUUUUAAUUAUUCCUGUGGAUUGGUGACCAAAGAUUGUAAAUUAGAUGUGGUGUUUUGUGGGUAAAAUUGUGUUUUGAUUUCUUUUUUUUAUAAAAUGCUUGUUAAAAAAAUUAAGGUAACAUUUACGUAUAUAAAGGAUAAUUUGCAAGUCAUAGAGUUUUAAGAAGGGGGGAAUGAAAAAAACUGUAAAAAACACGUACUGAAAUCGUAUUUUCUCGUGUUAACUUAAAACAGUACAUAUUACAGGGAUGAAAACCUAGAUAUCACAGUUUAAAGCUGGUUAAUAUAAUUAGAAUAUCAUAAAUUAUAUGAUUUAAGACAAACCGGUAGACUAGACAAGUCAGUACUAACUAUAAAACUACUUUUAAAAGGAAUUAAAACACCAUUUCUACCUAUUGCAGAGCCAUGAAGAUGAAUUAAAUAUACUUCGAAACGUUGGCAGAAACAAAUAGUUUUUUCAGCAUUUGACCAAUUUACCCACCAAACACAACAUCUAACAAGUUUUAAUGAUGUAUUGUUAUGAUAGUUUUUUUAACUUUCAUACUACAAAUAUACUAAUACCGCGAAUUUGUUUUACCACAAAACUAAAAAUAAAAAUUGUACACA